AUGACCGGGCCUUCUGGGACACCAUUGUCUACGGCGCGGGUGAAGAGUCGGAUGCGAGAUCAGAUAUUACUCACCUGCUUCGACGAAAUGGAAGGUGAACGCCGUGUAUUGUGUAUUACGUGUACAAGAUCAGUACUUCGUGACCGAAACCAGCAUAUACUAACGCGGUCCUAUUUGGAAGACAAUCCAGGCUUCACAGAGUACGUGAUGGAACGGAUUAACGUUAAUGAGAUGGCCCUCAAUCAAUUUCAAUAUAUGUGUCAUCGUUGUUGGGUAGCUGGAAGACGACAGCAAGCCAGGCUCGAACAAGAACAAAACCAGGAACUCAGAUUUAACUUUGGUCAGAACCAAAUUUGGAAUGUAGAUGAAACUGGCAUUACGACAGUUCACAAACCAAAAAAAAUCGUGGCAUGUAAAGGAAUUAAACAAGUGUCUAAGGCAGGGAUGCACAGACAGCGGCCCGCGGGCCGCAUGCGGCCCGCCGCACAGAGAGGCAAGACUGCUAAAAUCGAUACAAUAAAUAGUAACAAAAAAUUUUGCUUCAUCACCUCGCCUGUGUGUGUUGCGGACAGUUCAUUAGCUGUGGCAUAA